UAAAAAGACUAUGACAAAUUUACCCUUUUCGAUUCACUUAAAACCAAACUCCGUCCUGAAUCCGACCCAUCGCCAUCGCCUUUUAGUUUCUCUUCCUUCACUUCACCGAUAAUGGUGUCCGCCGCUCCCCAUCCUCCUCCACCGCCCUCAACAGUUCCAUUCCAUUGUAGCGCUCCUUUGUUCACCCGAAUCCGUCUCGCCGUCCCUUCCGAUAUCCCUCACAUUCACAACCUCAUCCACCAAAUGGCCGUUUACCAACGCCUCACUCAUCUCUUCUCCGCCACUCAAUCUUCUCUCUCCGCCAAUCUCUUCUCCUCUCCGCCGUUCCAAUCUUUCACCGUUUUCAUCCUCGAAGUAUCCUCUAUACCCUUCCCCCAAAACUCCCUUCAUAACUCAAAUCCUAAUUACACCCCAGUUGUUGGAAUUCUCGAUUCUGAACCUCCCGUGGAUGAUCCGGGAUCGGAAGAUUUCAAAGCGGAAGAUGAAAACGUUGUUGUUGCUGGAUUCGUUCUGUUUUUUCCGAAUUUUCCUUCGUUAUUGGGGAAGCCUGGAUUCUUUGUGGAGGCUAUUGUAGUGAGGGAUUGUUAUCAUCGGAGGAAGGACUUGGAGAGAAUUUUGCUGUUGGCGGUAGUGAAUCAGGCGGUGAAAAUGGAUUACUGUCAAGUGGAGAGGGCGUUGCUUGAUCGGGAUGUGAAUGCGAUUAAAUUUUAUGAAGAAAUGGGUGCGCCAAUCUUGGGGGAGUGGAGAAUAUGUAGAAUCACCGGCGAUGCUCUUAGAGUUCACAAAAAUGCAAACGAAAGUUAAUUCGCAUUAUCUACUAAGAAAGAUAGGGAUAGGACAUAUUCGAGUGGUCAAAUAAUAAUAAAGUACAUCUUAUAUAUAUAUUAUUUAUUUAUAUGUAUAGACUUACACAUCAAAAUCAACCAAUUUUAGAGUAUAUAUCAAGAGGAACUCAAGCAUUCUUCUCAAAUUUAUACUCUUUAUUAAUAUAUAUAAAACGAAAUAACCAUAAGGCUAAUACUAUUUGAGUAGUAAAA